UCCAUUGAUAAUUGACUGCUCACCGGCUGAUGGUUUUUUUAAAUAGCUAAACAUAUGACUAAAAUUUUAAAUUAUAUAAAUUGUUUUAAUGGCUAGAAUUUUUUUUUAAAUAAUCGAUCGCAUUGAUAUUCGAAUUUUAUAAUAUUGAAGGACAUUGUGUUUAUAUAAACACACAAAUACAAUCCAAAAAACGGUCGAUGGUGGUUACCAAGCCUAUAGGUGAUUGCAAUCUAUACGAUCUGCAUGAAUUAUUAUCCACACAGUAUCCAAGAAAUUGUUGUCAUUGACUGCAACUGCAUAACUCUUUGAAUAAUAAAAAAUACAUAAAUUAACGACUAUCGACAAGCAGUCAUGUCGAAACAAUCGUCAUCCGGACAGCAAUUUACAACCAUACAGCAGCAACGAUCAUUGUAUGAAGAUUCGCGGAUAAAAUUAUGUGAAAAAAUGGUACAAAAUGUACACAAUGUUGGCUCACUAUGUCGACAGAUAAUUAAAGCAUCACGUACAAAUGACAUUCUUGCACAUUCAGCAAAAAAUUUUGCCACACAAAUCGAUGCACAAAUUAAUGCAGGCGAAACAAAUCUAAAAAAAUGGCAUUCAACAAUGGCAAACCUGAACGAACAAUUAAACCAAAUCGAACAUAUAGUUGAUGAACAAUCGAUAUAAUUAAUUAAUAUUGUU